GCUGGUGGUGCCUAGUAAUCAUUCACCAGCCCAGGGCCGCGCUAGUUAAUGGCUGUGCCGCGCGGGGCUCCAGCCUCCCGGCCUCCCCUCUCCACGCUCGCGUGUGCCCAGGCGCCCCGGAGCGGCAAGCGGCUGGGCGCAGGCAGCCGCUGGGCGAUGCGCCCCGCCGGCGCGGGUCGGAGCCGCGCUCCCUGCAGCCGCCGCGCGCUCCCCCGAAGCGCGCGGCGGCUGUGAGCUGCGAGAGGGCGGCCGGGGUGCCAAGUGAGGGCGCAAGCAGCAGGGGCGCGAAGAGAGCGCUCCAGCCUCGGCAGCCCCAUCGGGCCCCACCAGCUGAGAUGUUCCCCAAUGGCACCGCCUCCUCUCCCUCCUCUCCUAGCCUCAGCCCGGGCAGCUGUGGUGAAGGAGGCGGCAGCAGGGGCCCCGGGGCCGGAGCUGCGGACAGCAUGGAGGAACCGGGGCGAAAUGCGUCCCAGAACGGGACCUUGAGCGAGGGCCAGGGCAGCGCCAUCCUCAUCUCUUUCAUCUAUUCCGUGGUGUGCCUGGUGGGACUGUGUGGGAACUCCAUGGUCAUCUACGUGAUCCUCCGCUAUGCCAAGAUGAAGACGGCCACCAACAUCUACAUCCUCAACCUGGCCAUCGCCGAUGAGCUGCUCAUGCUCAGCGUGCCCUUCCUUGUCACCUCCACGUUGCUUCGACACUGGCCUUUCGGCGCGCUUCUCUGCCGCCUCGUGCUCAGCGUGGACGCAGUCAACAUGUUCACCAGCAUCUACUGUCUGACUGUGCUCAGCGUCGACCGCUACGUGGCCGUAGUGCACCCCAUCAAGGCUGCGCGCUACCGCCGGCCCACCGUGGCCAAGGUGGUGAAUCUCGGCGUGUGGGUGCUCUCGCUACUCGUCAUCCUUCCCAUCGUGGUCUUCUCGCGCACGGCGGCCAACAGUGAUGGCACGGUGGCCUGCAACAUGCUCAUGCCGGAGCCCGCCCAGCGCUGGCUGGUGGGCUUCGUGUUGUACACGUUUCUUAUGGGCUUCCUGCUGCCCGUUGGGGCCAUCUGCCUGUGCUACGUGCUCAUCAUCGCCAAAAUGCGCAUGGUGGCCCUCAAGGCCGGCUGGCAGCAGCGCAAGCGCUCGGAGCGCAAGAUCACCCUGAUGGUGAUGAUGGUGGUGAUGGUGUUUGUCAUCUGCUGGAUGCCUUUCUAUGUCGUGCAGCUGGUCAACGUGUUCGCAGAGCAGGACGACGCCACGGUGAGCCAGCUGUCGGUGAUCCUUGGCUACGCCAACAGCUGCGCCAACCCCAUCCUCUAUGGUUUCCUUUCGGACAACUUCAAGCGCUCUUUCCAGCGCAUCCUGUGCCUCAGCUGGAUGGACAACGCUGUGGAGGAACCGGUCGACUACUACGCCACCGCCCUCAAGAGUCGCGCCUACAGCGUGGAGGACUUCCAGCCUGAGAACCUGGAGUCUGGAGGCGUCUUCCGUAAUGGCACCUGCACAUCCCGGAUCACGACUCUCUGAGCGCUGGCUUCGCAGGGGCCCUGUGCCAGGGGAGGGGGAAGAUGAGGAGAAAGGGAGGCCGGGUGCGAGAGAUGAAAGUAUCCGGGGCGUCAGGGUGUUAUGAGGCAAAGUGGGGCUAGGACGCUGCGCGCCCUGGGUGGAGAGACCCGGGAAAGGCGGGCGACAAAGGUGGAAUUGGGCGCUAUGCUUAUACACUGGGAAGGCUUGCGGGCCCCUUUCUCCUCCGUCUCCUGCUUUCGCUCCUUCCUCUACUGCUCUUGCACUUCUGCACCCCUCUAUGCUCCCCACUCUGCAACUUCGAGCUUUCCUUCCGCCGGGUCCUGCCGGUGCGGAUCAUGAACUCAUUAACGUCGCCCACUCAGC